AUGUUUGGUCGUCAAUAUGAAGAAGAUGCAAUACAAAAAUUAAAAACAGCAAUUAAUGCACAUUCAAUCGUUAAAUGUGGAUUAUUUAUCGACGAAAUAUAUGAGAUGUUGGCUUGCACACCAGAUGGAGUAGUUGAAGAAGAGGAUGCAAUUGUCAAGGUCAAGGCUUUAUAUAGGGCUGAACCAAUGGAUGUUUAUCGUAAUAGAAGACGAGGACAAAGGCGAAGAGACUUGCUGCACGAUGAUCAAAGAAAUGAACAAAUCCCACCCAGGACUCAAAUUUUAAUAACUCUUCGGUUCUUGGCAUCUGGUGCAUUUUAUAAAGUAAUAGGUGACUUUGCUGGUAUCUCAAAAUCAACUGUUUGGUCCAUUAUUCAUAGAGUAAUCCAUCGUAUUGCCAGUCUUCGUGAUGAAUAUAUUCACUUUCCAACAACUCAACAAGAAAUUCGACAAACUCAAGCUGAUUUUUUUGUUAGAUUUGGGUUUCCUAGAGUAGUAGGAUGUAUUGAUUGUAAGCAUAUACAAAUAAGGUCAUUUGGUGGUCCUGAUGCAGAAUUAUUCCGUAAUCGAGAUAAUUAUUUCUCGAUAAAUACCCAAGUUGUGUGUAAUGCACACCUGGAGAUUACAGACAUUGUUGCAAGAUGGCCUGGAUCUUCACACGAUUCAACAAUUUUUCAUAAUAGUCGUUUGAUGGCAAAUUUUGAAGCUGCUAAUUAUCAAGAUGGUUUGUUAUUGGGAGACGCUGGCUAUCCAUCUCUCCCUUUUUUGAUGACACCAGUAGCUCAACCAAAUACUCCUCAAGAAGUUCUAUAUAAUGAAUCACAAAUAAGGACUCGUGGACACAUUGAACGUCUUUUUGGUAUAUGGGCUCGAAAAUGGCCAUUUAUUUCGGGUUCACGGUUUAAACACCGUGAAAACACAUUCGCAGCAAUUGUUGCACUAGCUGUUUUACACAAUAUUGUUCGCCAAAGGCAACUAAUGUGGAUUGGUCGAGUUACUGGAGAUGUAAAUGAAUAUACAAGGAUCAUUCAUAACACUUUUAACAUUCAGCCUAACCAGAAUGCCCGUCAACAAAUCAUUGAUAAUUAUUUUUACAGACUGAUUCAUGAUUGAUGCCAAGUACUUCACAAGAUGCAGGCAAUACUGACAUUACAACUGACACAAGUGCUGGUGAUCAAGUUGUACCAUCACAUAUCUCAAAUGUAUCUGAAACAUCUUCAUAACAACAACAACAACAACAAGAUAAAGUCAAACAAGUAAAUAAGUAACAAUAAAUAAUAAAACAAAAACACCAGCAUCAAAAUCCAAACGUGGUGGAAGUCAACGACGUGGAAAAAAAUGGUUGAAAUACCAGUGUCAACAGUAAUAAUAAUGGUGAUAAAAGCUUGUUUGAUUAAUUAUACUCAGAUGUUUUGGUAACAGAAAUCAUUGACAAUUGGAUCCAAGACUACAAAAAUAAUAAAGAAAAAGCUUUAUUACUCUUCGUACAAUUCAUCAUUGAUGCAACAUGUUCCGAAGAACAAUUGACACUUGAAAUUCUCUACUGACUGAUCUUAAAGAUAAAGAACUUCGUGAAAAUUUUAGUAAAUUCAUUAAAAAUUUUGUGUAUACAUCUCAGAAUGACAUAUUAUUUGAUGAAUAUUUAUUAGAUAACAAUAUAUUAUUUUUAGUACAUUUAUCACGUUCAAAAGUUCAAUCAUACAGACAUACUGCAACAUUUUUAUGUAUGAAAUUGGCAACUGGUCUUGUUGAUGUAUGUUCAAAUUUAACACAAAUACUCGUCAAAACAAAUAGACAAUAUGAUAGUGAAAAAAAAAUAUUCAUUCACGUGAUGUCAUUCAAAAUAUACGUUUAAUUUGUGUAUCUGCUGUUGGAUCAUGCAUGAAAAAAAAAAAAACAAUAUAUGAAAGUUAAUUAUUUAAAAUACAUUGGCUGGGCAUUAUUUGAUGAUGAAAAAAAUGGUAUAAUUUGAAAAAAAAACACUAGAGAUAUUACAAAAAUUUUUUUGCAGUUAUUCCAAUGAAUAUCAUAACAUUAAUUGACAAUUAUUAUCCAGAUUUAUUGACUAAUGAAGAUCAUGAAACAAUGUACAAAUUAAUAUUUCUCAAAGACAGAUCAAUGGCACAAGCUGGUGGUGAAUUUCAUUUCAUUUUUUUUUUACAUUUCAAUUAAUCGUCAACUUAUUGAAUAACUUAAAUAAAUCCAAUAACUUAUUAGCAACUUUGUUAUUAUUAUUAUAAUUAUAAGAAAAGAAUAAAUUAUACUUUGAGU